UUGUGCUAGCUUGCAAAGAGACAGAAAUCACAUACAGACGAACGUAUUUUUAUUCGUAUUUCGCGAUGUUGAUAAAUUCGCUAGAUUCUGCCCGAGAUACUCAUUUGUCGCGCCUCUCCGCGGUUGUGAAGUACCAUCGUACAGGCAGAAUCGCAAGUGUCGAGGACGCACCCAGGAUAGCAUUUUGCGCAUCAGCUGAGAGGAUCUAUCUGAGCCGCUGUCAAACGUCGCAUCAUGAUAGAAGUGGAAACUCCGCCUCCUGCGUCCGAUAGUGGGUGGUUUAAUUGGACAAGAUUCUCCCACAACAUGCUGCGUUCUAUUGAAAAAUCCAUCCUGUCACAUCUCCGGCGUCCGUACCGGGGGAUGUUUGUCGACAUUGGACCGUGCGUGGGAGAGGCCGACAAAGUGUGGACCAUCACCAUGAACAACGACUCCAAACGGGUACCGAUCGUGAUGCUUCACGGCCUUGGCGCGGGAGUUGCCUUGUGGGUUCUGAACCUGGAUGAGAUAGCGCGGCACAGGCCGGUAUAUGCGAUAGACAUACUCGGUUUUGGUCGAAGUUCGCGGCCCAAAUUUGCCGACGAUGCCAUGAUUGCGGAAAAGCAGCUGGUGAAAUCGAUCGACGAGUGGCGCAAGGAAGUCGGCCUGAAGGAGAUGAUCGUGCUGGGACACUCGAUGGGUGGGUUCUUGGCUACAAGUUAUGCCUUGUCGUAUCCCGAUCGCGUCAAACAUCUCAUCUUGGCCGAUCCGUGGGGAUUCCCUGAAAAGCCUCCAGAGACGGAAAACGGUCGGAAGAUUCCCCUUUGGGCACAGGCUAUUCUGAAAGCUUCGAAACCCUUGAACCCUCUGUGGAUACUUCGAUUUUUUGGACCUCUCGGAUCUUGGCUGGUGGGUAAAACAAGGCCAGAUAUUUUGCGCAAAUUCUCCGGAGCCGUUACGAACGAGGAAGAUAUACCAAACUACAUUCACCAGUGCAACGCUCAGAAUCCGACUGGCGAAGGUGCGUUCCAUACGAUGAUGAAGGAUUUUGGAUGGGCUAGGAAUCCGAUGAUCCACCGAAUUCAAGAUAUGAAGAGUACGGUUCCCAUCACUUUCCUGUAUGGCGAAAAGUCCUGGGUCGACAAUAGCCCAGGUGAAACCAUACGGCAACUGCGACAACAGGGCUACGUCAAGGUGCAUUCAAUCAAAGGUGCUGGCCAUCACGUUUACGCGGACGAUGCCAAGACGUUCAACGAGCUAGUAAACGAAGCGUGCAGGACAUGCGAUGAGGACUAUCUGGCUGUGGUUAAGCAUGAUGAAGUGAUUAAGUCAAGUGACACUUGAAUUGUAGUUAUGGUUUGUUUUUCAUAAAAAUGUGUAACAUUUUUAUUAUAUGUAUUUAUAAAUAUUGCCUCCGCACUUUUAGUUUUUAGAUACUUAUAUGAACAGAAACAGUGAAACAUAUGUUGUUGUAUGUAUAAAUAAAUUAUGCCGAAUAAGUAUUAUUCAA